GCCGCUAUGAGGUUAGUGCUGCGUACUGGUCCCGAUUGACGGCACGUCGAUUGGUCCGCUGUUUAUCAUUGUUUGUGUACAACCCCGUGCGCGUAUGUUUUCUUGACUAGAACACGUACUCAGGUUGGAUGCGUUGGCCGCGGAGGACUCUUCGCUUGUCAAUCAACUAAUUUGCACGAUGGAUUCAAAUACCAAAACCUUGUCAUCGGCCAAGAAGAGUAGAUUACGAUAUACAAUACGUGGAGGAUUCGAAUUCGACACCAUGGGCAAGACGAGGUAUCACGAACUGCGCAAAUAUGUAAAAAAGGGCAACGACUUUUGCAAAGAGUUGGCAAACAUCAUGCAAGAAAGAGUCGAGGUAGAAAUGCAUUAUGCAAAGACACUAUCUAAGCUCUCAGCAAAACUGGUGAAAGUAGCUAAGAACGGCGUGGGCUCCGUCCAAAAUGCAUGGAUGCAUAUAGGAAAAGAAAUGGAGGCCGACGGUCAGGUUCAUCGGUGUUUUGCAAACACACUAGAAGAAGAUAUAGUCAAGCCGUUGAAAAAUUUACAAGACACUCAGUAUAAAAUCAAAAAAACUGUCGAGUGUGAUGUCACUAAAACUAAAAAGAACAUGAAUGAAUGGCGUUCGGCCGAACGAAAGAGUAAAAAACAAAGUUUUUCCGUUGCAAGGGAGAAUGAAAAAAUGCAAGACACGGUAGCCGAUGUUACGACAUAUUCGAUUGUUACGAGCAACUGUAAUAUUAAUAAGGAUGCGACUAAAUUGGAAAGCAAAAAACGCAAGCUUGAAGAAUCUGUCAAAAAAAGUUAUACCGAAUACUACACGUACUGUGUCCGGACAGCCAGAGCCAAGCUCGAUUGGGAAAUGUCAGUUAGCAAUGGAGAGAAUAGUUUUAUGACGAUGGAAGAGGAGCGGCUAUUGAGGCUAAAAGAAUACGCUCAUCAUAUGCUACAAUCAUACCAGAAAAUAGGUCCAAAAAUUUCUCAAAUUUCUAUGCGUCUCAGCGAGCCGGUAACAGAAUGCGACGUACCAAAAGAUUUUAGUAUCAUUGCAGACAGUGUGAACAAAUAUGAAGACGAAGACCUUAGUGUCCAAGUUUUGCCUGAUUUUUACCCGGAGCACACACAUUUGGCUAUGAAUAAAAGGAGAAGGAUAUCAGCUUUAACAAAAAUAUUACAAUUAAUUAAUCAAGACUUAGAACGGGAGAGAAGGAGCAAACAAGGCCUAGAUACUUUGUCAAACGCAAUGCACAAUUCUACCAGCUUCAAACAGGACGAUUCGUAUAAGAACGUCAAUGAAAAACUUCACCAUACAAAUCUUAUGAUCUUAUAUUUGGAAGCAGUCAAAUAUAAAGUAGUGACUGCUCUAGAUGUGUUAGAGGGUAGACUACCUACAACAUCCAAUGCCUUGUCUCAACACAUACAAACGAGUAGAGAUAAAAAUGGUUAUCAACAUUCUGUGUUAAAAAUGCCUUCAACCGUAUGUCUGAAGUUGUCUUCUGCGCCAGAAGAAAGCAUACAUAAUGGACCCACUUGGUCUGAUCGAGGGUCGGCCGACGGCACUGACAUCGAUGACUUCUCAAGCGACGAAGAUAAUAGUGUCGACGUUAGUAGUCCACGGUGUAAAGCUAUCUAUCCAUAUACAGCAAAACUAAACGAUGAGCUUAACUUAGAACCCGGUGAUAUUAUUCGAGUGCAUAGCAAAAAGUCAGAUGGUUGGUGGUAUGGAGAACUAGAAGGUACAACCGGAGUGUUUCCUGCUACCUAUGUUGUAGAAAUAGACUGAAAUAACUCACGAGGCUAAUCAUAUAUGUGUAUAUUAUAUAUAAUUAUUUUUUAUGUUGCAUUAGUUAAAAUUUAGCAAUUAAAAUUACCAAAGAUAACUCAAUUCUAACUAAUCUGACAUAAAAGUUGACUUGUAUAUACAAUUUGUUUUAUUUUAUUUUUAUAACGUUAAAAUACAGAAUACAUAAUUAUUAUUAUAAAAAUAA